UAUCCACUUCCGCGUUCCUCUGUCCAAUCAGGAACUCGAUGGCGAGUAGCAGCGGCCGCGGCCGGUGAUGGGUUCCACAUUUCUUCUUCGGAGUGGAAAAGUGUGCUAAUAUUAAAGAUGCAGUUCAUGCUUCUUUUCAGCAGACAGGGCAAGCUUCGCCUGCAGAAGUGGUACGUGCCGCUGUCGGACAAGGAGAAGAAGAAGAUCGCCAGGGACCUGGUGCAAACCAUCCUGGCGCGCAAACCCAAGAUGUGCAGCUUCCUGGAGUGGAGGGACAUGAAGGUGGUGUACAAGAGAUACGCCAGCCUGUACUUCUGCUGCGCCAUCCCGGAGCAGGACAACGAGCUGAUCACGCUGGAGAUCAUCCACAGAUACGUGGAGCUGCUGGACAAAUACUUUGGCAGCGUGUGCGAGCUGGACAUCAUCUUCAACUUUGAGAAGGCCUACUUCAUCCUGGACGAGUUCCUGCUGGCCGGCCAAGCCCAGGAGACGUCCAAGAAGACCGUGCUGAAAGCCAUAGAGCAGGCCGACCUUCUGCAGGAGAACAUAGACUCUCAGUCGCGCAUGUUUGCAGGUAUGAUGGUCCCAAAUGUCACCUCAGAGUCUUCUGGGCUCUUCCAGAAUUUGACCCUUUAAGCCCCGUCACGACUACUUUCAUGUCCCUGUGUACUGAACUGGCCGCCCUCCAUCUUGUGUGCAUGCCGUCCCUCUGCAUGUGUCCCCGCUCUGCGCCCGCCACUCCCUGGCUAAAAGUGCACCCUUUCUCUCCGAGACGAGUCCCAAGUACCAAUGAUCCAGUCCUCACAAAAUGUUGAAUUGGAUCACGUGACGUGUGUGUUGUCAACAUCUCUUGUAUUAUUCAUCUAAAUUGGGGGCGGCAUAGCUCGGUCGGUAGAAUGGCCGUGCCAGCAACUUGAGGGUUGCAGGUUUGAUUCCCGCUUGUGCCAUCCUAGUCACUGCCGUUGUGUCCUUGGGCAAGACACUUUACCCACCUGCUCCCAGUGGCACCCACACUGGUUUAAAUGUAACUUAGAUAUUGGGUUUCACUAUGUAAAGCGCUUUGAGUCACUAGAGAAAAGCGCUAUAUAAAAUAUAAUUCACAAAUAUAAUUCACAAAUGAGAUAUUUAGCAUAUAGAAAGUGUUUAUCAGCAUCUUUAAUGCGUCAAAGUGUGGCCCAUCUUGUCAUUUUAAUAUAAUUUUACACUCAUCUUCAUUGUUUUAUCUGUUACAGUGUUAACAUACGACUUAUUUGUCAUCCUUAUCGGAAAUACAUUCUAUUUAACAGUAAAUUCCUACUGACUAACUGGAUUGAUUACAUGUUUAUGCUCGUUAAUUAUUUUUUUAAAAUUUCAAUUAAGUUUUACUAGGGCUCCAGCACCCCCCACGACCCCAAAAGGGACAAGCGGUAGAAAAUGGAUGGAUUCCAAUCAAGCUAAUACAUAUCCCCCCUCUUUUUCAUCCGUGGACCACUUAUAUUGACUCAUAUUCGGUUCUAUCAAAACAAUCUCACAGGUUUGAAACUAAAUUGGCCCUAGUGUGUGAAUGUGAGUGUGAAUGUUGUUUAUCUAUCUGUGUUGGCCCUGCGAUGAGGUGGCGACUUGUCCAGGGUGUACCCCGCCUUCCGCCCGAUUGUAGCUGAGAUAGGCGCCAGCGUCCCCCGCGACCCCAAAAAGGGAAUAAGCGGUAGAAAAAUGGAUGGAUGGAUGGAUGUUUGAAACCCAAAACAGUGUGCCCCCUAGUGGUCAUCCACUCGAUCAUUUAAACUACAAUCAUCACGUGACCUAAGUAGUACACUUUUUUUCUAGAAUUUAGCUCGUUUUUGUUUUCUUUGUACACAUUUAUUCGUAUUUCUUUCUGACGUGAAGAUAAUUAUUGUUCUAUUUACUAGUACAGAGUUACUACUGACUUAUUUGCUAGAUAUGUCGAUUCAUUAGUUUUUGUCGUUAACUGAAGGUAACUUUAAUUUUUUAAACGUGUUAACAUAGCAAUUUUGUUUCAACUAUGUUUUAAUAUUCCAGCGUAUUUUCCUUUUCUACUGUACUUUACAAAUAUUGACUCAUAUUCUUUACUGUAGUACUUUCAUAGGUGAACUACCACAUGGCACAAGUAUGUUGACAUAUGAAAUGCUGGGAAGUGCGCCCCCUAGUGGCCAUCAGUGGAUGGUGUCCAGGCAGUAAUUACUGUAGUAGAUCACACAUAUAUACAUGUAUUUUUUUCUCUUUGUACUUCAUCCAUUGCAGUAUUUGUUAUUUAUAGUGAACGCUGUGUAUUAUUAGUUUUUUUUAAAUGCACAGUAAUAAUCAAUAAUGAUUAUAUUAUAAUUAAUAAUUAAUAUUGUUGCUAUAAUGAAUAACAUAAUAUGUGAUUUCUCCCGAUUAUAUUUAGGCUUUUGUAAGUAUGAAAUAUAGCAGAUAUGUGUUGAAUAUUUAGGAUUGUUUUAUAAAAGGCGAGCUGUAAUUUAUAGAUUUGAUGGCGUUGCUUUCAGUGUUGAUUAUAUUUACUAUUAAAAAUGUGCUGAUGAUGUUGACACAUG